CGGUUUUGAGUGAUUUACCCGAGUCCAGCUGCUGCAUUUAUUGAGGGCUGUGUGACAGGAACACUGGAAGUUGGGAUUAGAAAAUCCUGGUGGAUGGAAACUUGGUUGUCAUGGUUCAAAAAUAGAAUUCGGCGUGUGUCACGAUGAAGGGGUAAUGAUGGUAGUGAUCUUGAACUUCUUCCUGUGUGUGUCGGGCCGUGAACUUUACGAGCCGUGCGUUUACGAAGAGGGAUGCUCCCCGUCCUUCAAAAGGACACAGUGAAAAGAACCCAAAUCUCAUGGAAAUAUGAAUGCUUUUCACACUAUCUGAGGGAUUAAUUACCUGUUACCAUGACAACCAACCAUCAUACUCAUCUGCCUGAUGUCCUUCCAGACUGCACUGGCUUAGUUCCUUUGGUAAAAACGGUGGAUGAUUCUGCUGCUGCAGUGAAUGGGCAACCACAGUACGUGAUGCAGGUUUCGGCGAAAGACAGGCAGCUGCUGUCAGCAACUGUGGUCAAAACGCUAAAUACACACGGUGCAUUCAAUGACCGGCCUAUGUGUAGGAUCUGUCAUGAAGGCAGCAAUCAGGAAGAUCUACUCUCUCCUUGUGAGUGUACUGGGACCCUAGGAACUAUUCAUCGGAGUUGCUUAGAAUACUGGCUUUCUUCUUCAAACACCAAUUACUGUGAACUCUGCCACUUCAAGUUUUCAGUAGAACAAAAACCUCGACCAUUAAUAGAGUGGUUGAGAAAUCCAGGCCCACAACACGAAAAGCGGACCUUGUUCGGAGACAUGGUGUGCUUUCUGUUUAUAACUCCUCUGGCCACAAUCUCAGGCUGGUUGUGUUUACGAGGUGCAGUUGACCACCUACACUUCAGCAGCCGCUUAGAAGCAAUUGGACUCAUUGCCUUAACUGUUGCACUCUUUACUAUUUAUCUCUUUUGGACACUAGUUUCAUUCCGUUACCACUGCCGGUUGUAUAAUGAGUGGCGUCGAACUAAUCAAAGAGUAAUGUUGCUUAUCCCAAAGACAUCCGAUGCAUCGUCUACUCAACAAUUGCUUCUUGGUCGGCACCCGGUGAAAAGGAACUCAAAAGAGACAAUUGUGUAACCUUAGCCAAUUUCACAGUUCUGGAUUUAAAACUGAGCUUUUAACCAUAUAGUCAUUUAGUAUGUAACCUUUCUUCAGAAUAUAGCCGAACUUCCGUGUUUUAUCAUUUAUCAUUGUACAUAUGAAAGAUAAUUUUGUUCAUGUGAAGUGGAACACAAGUGCAACAAUUACUAGGCCAAAUCACAUAAUUGCAGUUAUUUUACAGGUAUAGACAGCCAUGCAUUAGGCUUGUGCUAUGGAAGCAUUUCUGUGCUGGGGGAUGUUAUUUCAUAUUUCUGAAACACACCAGUUCUUGAGCACCCUCAGCCUCAACUAAGUUUUAAUAAUGGGUAGCCAUUUAAUACUAAAAUGAGAAAAUUAAGCCAUAUAACCAUAUAACAAUUGCAGCGCGGAAACAGGCCAUCUCGGCCCUUCUAGUCCAUGCCGAACUCUUACUCUCACCUAGUCCCACCGACCUGCACUCAGCCCAUAACCCUCCAUUCCUUUCCUGUCCAUAUAGCUAUCCAAUUUAACUUUAAACAACAACAUCAAACCUGCCUCAACCAGUGUUGGCAAAUCUGAAAUUCUUUUCUCUCAAGGGUUGUCGAGGCUGUUAUUUUCAUUUAAAAUAGCUGUCAAUAUCUUUCUGAAUGUUAAGGGAAUUGAGUGACAUGGAUCCAGUGCAAGAAAAUGCUAUUAAGGUAAAUGAUCAGCCACAAUCUUCAUGAUUCUUCGAUUGCAGGGGGGGGGGGAUCCCUCCUUACUACCUCCCCCCCCCACCCCCAAACUGAGACCAGCUGUUGUAACUUCACAGGUGACCUUCACACCCAGCCCAGUACUUAGCCAUGCAUAAUGCAUAGUGUACUGCCGUUGUGCAGCUCCGAAGCCAUGGUCUCACACUACAGAACUUAAACUGUGGGCCCACAACCAAAACGUUCACUGCCGUAUUGCACAGUGAUGAUUUAAUGCUGAAACUUUUUAAUAACUUAUGAAAUACAGGUGACUUACCAAAAAAAAAGUGUAAUCUUUGUCACAACUGUGAACAUAAAUUUCACCAAGAAUGAAUUGGUGGUAAAUAUUAAAUAUUUAUUUGCUACAUGAAAACGAAUGUUCUUAAUUGGAUUCUUUUUAUCCUCAUUGAUCUUUAUACUUGAUGUUGCUGUGAAUUUGAUGUCAUAUUCCAGAAGUUGUAACUUUACUCUAAUUUUUUUCUAUAAAAGAUUUGGAAAUGUCUUCUGAACAUAGAAUCUUGCUGUCCAUAAUUUAUCACCUGAUCAGGUGACAAAUUUAAAUUGAGUAAAAUUGUUUAAACGUGUUGUUCACAGUAUCACCAUGAAUUAGACAUUUAAGUAAUUUCUUUAACCCUUACCUUCAGUUAGCAACUCCAUUCCCUUUUAGUUUGCUUACUAAAUGUUUAGCUGAUGUAACAUUUUUAAUGUGGGAAAUUUAUUUUAUAUUCAUACACACCAAUGGUGAAGAUCUGAGAACUGAUGUUCCUAACUAGAUCAAAAUUUUUGAUAAACCUUGUGUUGGUUCCUAUUAUAUGUGUAAUUAUAGUGAAAUGCAAGUUUUUUUUUAGUAUUUAUUCUACUACUAGAAAUUAAACCAAAUGUAUUUGGUUUAGCAUAAGCUACCCUGUUAUGCCUUUGUGCUUAUACAUCAUUCAUUAUUUUAUCCAUGUAACUGAUUUAGUGUUCAGUUUUUUCCCCACUAGAGGUAUAUCAUUUUCAAAAGAGCAUAAUAGCCUGAACUGAAAACAGAUUUUCAUAAUUUAAGAUAAAAAUUGGAAGAUAUUGGUACUCAAUUUCCAAAUUUGUGAACUUCACAAUCACUUUUUGAAAUGAUGAAUUGUCCGUAAUCAAAGUAAUAAAAAGGUGGAACAAACAUUCAGGACAAGUAGUUCAGAUACAUUGAUUUCACAUUAUAUCUAAUUAAUUAUUCACCUGCAAGUAGCUAAUUUGAUACCUACCUAAUACAGAGAUUAAAAGUUAAAUUUGCAAAACAAGGGUUAAUAGUAAGAAGGAAAGGAGUUAAGUUCCCUUGUAAGUACAAGUGUUGACUCUCUCAACACUGAACUACUACCUCCAGGAAAGUAUGUGUAAAAAAAGUGAUACUACUAAAUCAGGUAAGAGUUUAAUAAUAUUUCCACUUUAAUAUUUUAAAGAAAACACUGUUUUUGGGUGCUAAGGCAGAUGAGGUGAAGAGGAAGAACAGAAUUUUCAUGGUAAUUUUCCAAAAGUGUGGAUCAAACAUAUGGUCACAACUUAAGUACCUGUAUACCUUGAAUGAAGUUGCUGUGGAGAAAAAUAGUUUUGUGCAAGUAUUUUCUCCUUCCUUAUGGUUUACUUGUACUUGUAAUAUCAUAUCUUUUUAUUAACCAGAAAUUAAAAUUAAGUAUAAUUUGUAUUAAUCAUUAAUAGUCAUCAGAAAACAGGAAGCAAUUUAUUGUUUGAAACAAUAUUUGUUGGACCAUUGAAUGAGAAGAUCAUGAGAUAUUAUAAUAUUUACAAAAUAAAGAGCAUGAGGAAUUGUUUACUCUUGCUCAUUUUGAUGAACUGUAUCAGCCCUGAAAUAUUAACUGUCUCUUUCCACAAGUGUUUCCAGUAUUGUUUUUGCUCUCAUGUUUAACCCUUUUGUUUUCUUUUAAAUGAUAUUGCCCCAUCCAUGCCAGUAUUAUCACACAGCCAUUGGCCUCGUGAUAAGGUGUUGGAAGUUUCCUGCACAACUUCUGGAAGUUCAAAUCCACUGUGUCUAUUAGUACCUUUUCAUCUAUCACCUUAUUGAAUCCUCAAAAAAAAACUAAGAUAUUUGUCAAGAUUUCCUUUUCGUAAGACCAUGUUGACUAAGAUUGACUGCCUUAAUUAUCUAAAUGUCUCCUUGUUUAGUUUCUUAACACAGAUUCCAGCAUUUUCCCAAUGAUAUGUUUGACUUACAGUUCUAAAUACAAGUUUUCCAACAAAUACCCAGACUUAAAGGUGGCCCAGAAUUUAAAAAUUCAGUCACGUUAAUUUAUUCUUUUAAUGUUAAACCUUCAGUUGGAGGAAUCAAAUGCAAUUUAAAUCCUGAAGUCAAUUGCUGCAAAAUUUGCAUAUGAAAUAAAUUGCAAUGAGUAUCUUUAUACGAAAUGCAUUUU